UCACGUUUAAUCGGAAACAAUGAACGAUGGGGCGCUCGGUUUCGUUUCAGUGUGUCCAAUGCAGCCAAACCUCGAUUAGGUAUUUGAAGGAGCCUCGCCGCUGCUGCGAUCCUCCAUGCGUGAUAACAAAUGGCGGCUGUCGAUACGCGCGGCCAGCCGUUUAGUUUCAGUCCGACGGCAGAACUCAACGCGCUCUGGUCGUUGUGGGUGGCACGGUUGGCGAACGGGUCGACACUGACCUCAACCUUCCCCAUCGUGACGGCGGUGACGACGGUAAUUACAUACUAGUUAGCUGGUGGGCCGUCCGAACGUUCGUUUUUCCGACGUCGAUCGAUAAAAGUGUUUUACCCGUCUCGGAAGAGUCGAAGAGGACAAAGGUUAUGCGAGGAUAUCCGCAUUAGCCAGUUCAAUGGUGUUUGUUUUGCUGUGAUAAUUGUGUGUGGCAACUCUACUAAAUGAGUGACGUGACAGAUAGCGUUUCGAUAAUCGGUUUGAGCGGAAAUUGAUAAGUUUCGGCAUCGAUUGUUGCACCAUUUUUUUUGGCGAUAGCAUCGUAGGUCAGUGAUUCAGCAAACAGCAAAGCCUACUUAGAGUAUGGAAAAUUGUUGCGUCGACUCAGUAAUGAUUGCUCUUAUCAUUCAAUUUACGCUUCAAGUGGCACUAGAAUAGUAGUGGCGUUCCAGUUGUUGCCGAUGAAUAAUUCAGAGCAAAAAUUAUACCAGUAUUGUAGUGAAUGUUCCGUACGCAUGCAGUGCUCCGAGUCUUUUCAGGGAAUCCACAGAAAACAGGACUGUGUUUGACGCAAGAACGUCGAAAAUGGCUGCCAACAGCUGGGAUAAGUUUUGUUUAUUGUUGUGGAAAAAUUGGACUAUACAGAAGCGACAUUACAUACAAACGAUAUUCGAAAUACUCAUACCGGCGCUAUGCUGCUCGAUGCUGAUUUUGGUUCGUGGACUUGUAGAUCCGGAAAUGGUCAACGAACCAACUAUUUUCAUCCCGCUUGAAGUCGACACGUUUCAAAUUCCAAAUCUGGUUAUUCCUACAAUCGCUUACUCUCCAAAUAACACCAUUCUGGGCGGUUUGGUUCAAGAUGCCUACGAAAACCAUAUCAGAAGUACUACCACAUUCAAUCACGAAGGAUACCCGGAUGCUCGAAGUCUGGAAAGUGUGCUGCUACAGAAAAACUAUUUAGUUGGAGUCGAAUUCGAUGAUGCAUUGGCGAACAUAACAGCCCUUCCGGAUCGGAUACAUUUCGCUCUUCGAUAUCCGGGCGAAACCCGCAUAGGACGGUGGACAUUUUCCAACUGGAGAUCCAAUCUUCUGGUUGUGCCCUUUUCGCCCGGAGCCAGAAAUCGGAACCUAUCGGAUGGAGGAUCACCGAACUAUUACUUCGAAGGUUUUGUGGCUAUCCAGACCGCUCUGUCCAGUGCCAUUGCGGUCGCAAAGAAUCCUGAGUUCAAAACGCAGCAAGUGGCGUUGAGGCGCAUUCCCUAUCCUCCCUACUACGAAGACAAACUGCUUCCGGCAAUGGAACAACUGCUGCCGCUGAUCAUCCUCAUUUCGUUUUUCUACACGUGUAUCAACACAGUAAAGUACAUCACAAUCGAAAAAGAACGCCAACUGAAGGAAUCCAUGAAGAUUAUGGGUCUGUCGAAUUGGCUUCACUGGACCGCUUGGUUUGUGCGGUGUUUGGUUCUUCUGUUGAUAACCAUCUCGUUGGUUACUGCCCUGAUGACGGUCAACCUUACGACCAACACAGACUUGUCCGUUCUGGAAUACAGCAAUUGGAUAGUUUUGUGGAUAUUUCUGUUGGCUUUUGCGAUAACAACCAUCUGUUUCUGUUUCAUGAUGAGUGUAUUCUUCAACACAGCCAACACAGCAGCCGGGAUCGCUGGUCUCAUGUGGUUUCUGCUGAUGAUGCCGUUCAAUAUCACCGUACAGGAAUAUGAUGAAAUGGGAACCGGAUCGAAGAUAGCUCUCUGUUUACUGUCCAAUACGGCAAUGUCGAUGGGAGUGUUGAACAUUGUUCGACUGGAAGGAAAUCAAGCAGGACUCCAAUGGGAAAAUCUUUUUCAACCAAGUACGAUGAACGACGGAUUGAGCGUGGGUGUUGUUAUCAUCAUGCUGCUGGUGGAUGCACUGAUUUAUCUUGCGAUAGCUUUGUACUUUGAGCAAAUUAUGCCAGGGGAAUUCGGUGUAACGAGGCCAUGGAGUUUUCUGUUUUCAAGAGAGUUUUGGGUACGCAACAAAGUGAGUGAUGUGUAUCAAAAUGGUGUUAGCAAAUCUAUUGAAUCGGACUACAUCGAACCGGAUCCACCGAUGAAACAUGCCGGGAUCCGAAUAAAGCAUCUUCGAAAAGUUUACGAUCGAAAAGUGGCCGUAGAAGGGUUGGAUUUGAAUCUGUACGAAGAUCAGAUCACCGUUUUGUUGGGACACAAUGGUGCCGGAAAGACAACUACGAUGUCGAUGUUGACGGGAAUGUUUUCACCGAGUUCCGGAACAGCAUUCGUUAACGAUCAUGACAUUCGAACGGAUAUAGAAGGAGUUCGUCGAUCGCUCGGGCUUUGUCCACAGCAUAAUGUUCUGUUCAAUGAAUUGACAGUAGCAGAGCACAUCCGGUUUUUUGCUAAACUUAAAGGUCUGGUUGAAGAUCAAGUGUCUGCGGAGAUAGACAAAUAUGUUAACUUACUGGAGCUGACCGAUAAAAGAAACGCCCAGUCGCACACCCUUUCGGGUGGCAUGAAAAGGAAACUGGCGGUUGGAGUUGCUCUCUGUGGAGGAUCCAGUGUGGUGUUGUUAGAUGAGCCUAGCUCAGGAAUGGAUCCAUCCGCUCGGAGAUCCCUGUGGGAAUUGUUACAGAAAGAAAAGGCUGGAAGAACAGUACUACUUUCCACGCAUUUUAUGGAUGAAGCAGAUGUUUUAGGCGAUAGAAUUGCCAUAAUGGCUGAUGGAUCUCUGAGAGCAGUUGGGUCACCAUUUUUUCUGAAGAAAGCAUUCGGCGCCGGUUAUCGAUUGGUUUGUGUGAAAGAUGCCAACUGUGAUAAGGAUCGACUGUUGGGUGUACUGCGACGAUAUAUGCCUGAUGUUGCACUGGAAACUGAUAUCGGAACCGAGAUGUCGGUUGUUUUGCGUGAGGAAUACAUUGCACAAUUUCAAUCCAUGUUGGAGGAUUUGGAAAAUGAUAUGGAAUCUUGUGGUGUAUCAAGCUAUGGGAUCUCUCUCACGACAAUGGAAGAAGUCUUUUUGAGAUCGGCAAGAAAAUUCCACUCCAAGAAUGGAGCAACCCAAGAUUUUUCCAUUAACGCAUCUUCCGGUGAAUAUACUCUUGAAAAUCUUCAACUGCUACGGGGAGUCAACCUUCUUCUCAGCCAGACCAAGGCGCAGUUUAUGAAAAAACUGCUGGUAACCAUGCGUAGUCUCAUCACACUAUCCAUGCAGAUCCUGAUCCCGGUGGUGUUCGUCCUAAUGACCUACAUAAUAAUUCUAAAUUCAACUGCCGGACGGGACCUGCCACCACUGGAAAUCGCACUAGACUCAUACACAGCAUCUGUCACCGUGUUGGAGCACACUACAGCAAACAGCCUGAUAGUUCAAGCUUACCAGAACCAGCUCAACAAACAUGGCCCCGAGCAUCAGUUGCUAACCACCAGUGAAGAUAUGAACAGCUUCAUUCUCCAAAAGUCACAUGAAUCGAUUUCGACGGUAAACACCCGGUACUGGGUUGCCGCCAGUAUCACCGAAACCAAUUCCACGGCCUGGUUCAACAACAAAGCAUAUCACAGUGCGCCUCUAGCCAUCAAUCUUCUGUACAACGCAUUCCUUCAGUCGUUUUGUGAAAACUGUGAGAUUCGUGUUACCAACAAACCGCUUCCGUAUCAGUUGGACACGCGUUUCGAACAGUUGAAUACCGGUGCGAACUCUGGCUUUCAGCUGGCCUUCAAUACGGGUUUCGCCAUGGCCUUCGUAGCAGCACUAUUCAUAAUGUUCUACAUUCGUGAAAGGACCACCCGUGCCAAAUUGCUUCAGUUCGUCAGUGGCGUAAAUGUUUGUUUAUUCUGGGCUGUGUCCUUCAUUUGGGAUUAUCUGGUGUUUGUCGUAGUCAGUUUGUUUUAUCUGGCAACUGUAGCAGCAAUCCAGCAGGAUGGUUGGUCUACGUUUCAACAGUUGGUGAAGGUCUUCCUAGUGCUACUGUUGUUCGGGUUCGCUGUGAUUCCGACGACCUAUCUAUUUUCCUAUCUAUUUGACGUACCGGCGACGGGAUUCGUGAAGAUGAUGCUACUGAAUGUACUGUCCGGAACGGUGUUUUUCACUGCUGUGACCCUACUGAAGUUCGACGGAAUUGACUUGAUGGAUGUCGCGUAUACGCUGGAGUGGGUGUUUAUGUUUUUCCCGAACUUUGUGCUGAGUCAUGCUUUGAACAAUUUAAAUCGAGUUGCUAGUACCGAGGCAAUCUGCGAUCGAAUGUGCGCAUUGAUACCGUUUUGUACGAAGCAGCUAAUGUGUUCGCUUCGGGAGGAGUGUUGCCAGCAAGAGAUAUUCAUUUUCGGAACGGACGGAAUCAAUAGAAAUUUGCUUUUUUUUGCUGGAAUUGGAAUUGGAGCUUUUGGCUUUAUAAUGCUAAUUGAGUAUAGAGUGUUCAACCAUUUCAUCAACUGGCGAAUAAGGACACCAAAGGAAUACACCGAAGCGGAAGAUGACAUUGAUUCAGAUGUGCUAGCUGAGAAGAUAAAGAUCUCUAGUAUGGCACAAGCAGAAGUGAAUAGUUACAAUUUGGUUCUGAAGGAUGUUUCAAAGUACUACCGGAAAUUUUUGGCGGUUGACAAACUUUCAGUAGGAAUACGCCAUUCGGAGUGUUUCGGUCUGCUAGGUAUCAAUGGAGCAGGGAAGACUUCCACCUUCAAGAUGAUGACGGGCGAUGAAAACAUUUCCUCGGGUCAGGCAUGGGUUAGCGGGAUCAGUUUACUAACCGAAAUGGAUCGUGUCCAUCAGCAGAUUGGCUAUUGCCCGCAAUUCGAUGCACUGCUGGACGAUCUUACCGGACGAGAAACGUUGAAGAUCUUUGCUAUGCUGCGUGGUGUACAAAGUGUAGAAUUGAACAGCGUAUCGAUAACGCUGGCUGAAGAGUUGAAUUUUCUAAAACACAUCGACAAAAGGACGAAGGCCUACAGUGGAGGCAACAAACGUAAGCUAAGUACGGCGUUAGCUCUGAUAGGGAAUCCAACGGUUGUGUAUUUGGAUGAACCCACGACGGGGAUGGAUCCUGGGGCCAAACGACAGCUGUGGAAUGUAAUCUGUAAGGUCCGAGAAGCGGGAAAGGCAAUCGUUUUGACUUCGCACAGCAUGGAAGAAUGCGAAGCACUGUGUUCGCGGUUGGCCAUUAUGGUGAACGGGAAGUUCAAAUGCAUGGGAUCUACGCAGCAUUUGAAGAACAAAUUUUCGAAAGGAUUCUUACUGACAACCAAAGUUAGAAGAAGUGCUUCCGAUGAACUACAACGGGUAGUGAAGGAUUUGAAACUGUUCGUAGAGCAACAAUUCGCUGGAGCAGUAUUGAAGGAGGAAUACCAAGACUCUCUUAGUUUUCACAUACCUCAAACGGACCUUCGGUGGUCCGGGAUGUUCGGUUUGAUGGAAUCUAACCGGGAGCGAUUGCAAAUCGAAGACUACGCACUUGGACAGACCUCGCUGGAACAAGUAUUUCUCUACUUUACUAAAUACCAACGAAGUAGUGAAUAAAUUGUAGU